AAGGGGCCGGGCUCCAGGGACCGCAGAGUGAAGCUAGUGGAGGCUACCUGAUCUAGCCGCUGCCAGGGGCAGGCGGUACGGCGCACCAUGUACACCAUCACCAAGGGGCCCAGCAAGCUGGUCGCGCAGCGCCGCACAGGUGCGCAGGGCGGGCGGGCAGGCGGGACGUCCUGACCGCUGGCCCGCGGCGGCUGACGCGCCCUCCGCCCGGCCCGCAGGUCCCACACAGCAGCAGGUAGAGAGCAGACUCGGCGAGCUCCUGAAAUGCCGGCAGCCCGCGCCGCCGACCGCUCUUCCCGCGCACGAGCAGCCCUCGGCACACUCUCAGGGACCCUGGCCCCUGGCAAGUGCCCCUCUCACCUGAGGAGGAACCCAGAGCGGCGUGGGCCACCUGAGCCCAGGAAGGCGAGCAGGCCUACCGGGACCGCGAGUGCCUGGCGGAGUGGCAGGUGCAGCCCAGGACUCCGGCUCCCACCUCCUACUGUAGCCUGGCAGCAGGUAGAGCGACAACUGGAUGGCGGCCCUGCCGAUGAGAGUGGCCCACGGCCUGUGCAGUAUGUGGAGAGCACUCCUGAUCCCCGGCUACAGAACUUUGUACCUAUUGACCUGGAUGAGUGGUGGGCACAACAGUUCCUGGCUAAAAUCACCAACUGUUCCUAACCCUGUCCAGGAAGGAACACUGCCAUAGUGGACCCUUUGCCCGAAGAGGACCAUGGUGCGCUGGUCCACCUUGUGGCCUGGCUGGGUACCGGCCACACCUGAAGUGCCAACAUUUGGACUUUUGUACCUGUUGUUCCCUUGGCUUGGCUGUCCCAAGCUGCCAGAGCCAGAGGCCAAACCUGUCUAACCUCAAUCCUGCUCACUGUGCCCAGGGACCAGCCCCUGGGGCUGGCAGGGAGGAGCCCAGGCUAAUAAAGUUGAGAAACUGCC